AUGAACGGAGUGUUGGGACUCCUGCUGCUCCUGCUGUCAGCUGCAUCUACUUACGUCAGGCCUGUGGUCACUAAAGAGUGUGACAGCAUCAACAUGUUCGGUGGCAUGUGUUUGGGGGUCCGUGGCCGCAGCACACCUCUGCCCUCCGCUCUUGAGGAAUGCCAGGUGACGGAUACAGACAUAGCCUUCCUGCUGGAUGGAUCAGGUAGCGUGGCAGGAUACGAGUUUACGACCAUGAAGAACUUUGUGGUGAACCUGAUCCAGACACUGCAGAAGAAGACCAAUAACAUUCAGUUUGCCGUGUCCCAGUACUCUAGUGGCUGCGACAUCCACAUGAACUUCAACGAGUUCAGCAGAGCGUACAACUGGGCGAGCAGCGUCAGGAACAUACGGCAGCAGCAGGGGGGAACCAUGACUGCAGCGGCCAUCAGCAAACUAGUUGGACAGUUGUUUGUGAGCUCUGCAGGAGCGCGUCCCAACGCCAACAAGAUCCUAAUUGUCAUCACAGACGGCGAGUCAGAGGAUGGCUCCAACCUCCCGAGUGCCAUUGCCCGCGCCGAUGCCAAGAAGAUUAUACGCUACGCCAUCGGGGUGGGCAAUGCAUUUGAUUCAUAUCGCGCACGGCAAGAGCUGGAUAAGAUAGCGUCGUCACCGGCAAAAGAUUACGUCUUCAAAGUGAGCAACUUCGGAGCCCUGAGCAAGAUCCUCAGUACACUGGAAGAGAACAUCAUCGCCAUAGAAGGUAUUGCAUGGUUACAUUCUAUCCACGGCAGAGUUAGGCCUAUUACUAGGUGUCAGGAGUCUCCGUGGAGGGAGGAUGUCAGCCUAGGCAUCCUGCCGCUUACUGACGUGUAGA